AUGGAGGAAGUAAGCACCAGUCAUCCAUUGGUUUGGAUUGAUUGUGAGAUGACAGGACUGGAUGUUGAAAACGAUGUCAUUAUUGAAAUCUCGUGUGUAAUUACGAAUGGAAAUUUGGAGGUGAUGGACGAGAAGGGGUGGAAUGCUGUGAUUCAUCAGGAGCAAGAGACGAUGGAUAAAAUGGAUGAAUGGUGUACCACAACCCACGCCUCCACUGGCUUGACCUCUGAAGUUCUCUCCUCCACCACCACUCCCACCGAAGCUGCCGAGUCUCUCCUCAAAUACAUCAAAUCAUGGGUUCCCGAACCCCGUCGCGCAUUACUCGCUGGAAAUAGUGUUCAUGCCGAUAAAGCAUUCUUGAGCAAAGGACCUUACAAACAAAUCAUCAAGCAUCUACAUUAUCGAAUCUUGGACGUGAGUAGUAUCAAAGAAGCUGCCAAGCGUUGGUGCGAUUUAAGAGUCUUGGUGGAUCAACCAAAGAAACAGGGAAAACAUCGAGGGAGAGAAGAUAUUCUGGAGAGUAUUGAGGAGGCAAGAUAUUGGAAGGAGAGAGUUUUUCAACAAGUACCGGUUUCGAAGUGA